AUGCGAACACAACUUCAAAAUAUUCUUGCUGCUUGUUCAACUUCUUAUGCAAUAGGUCAACGAUCCUUUGUAAGCAAGGAUACGCAAAUCAGAAUUCCUGUGGAAGGUGAAUCAGCUCAAUGGUCGGUGAAAAAACUUGAUAAUAGUAAAAGUGGAAAAGCCAGAAUUGAAAUUGAAAUUAAUUCUCCCAGUGAUGCAAUUAUCGGAAAAUACAGGUUAUUGUUAGAGAUACGAAAUAACCAAGAUGAAGUAUCUUUAUUUUUAUUUGAAGAAGAUAUUUACAUUUUAUAUAAUCCUUGGAAAAAGGAUGAUGCAUGUGGUUUGAAAUCAGAAACGGAGAUUGCUGAAUAUGUACAAAAUGAAAAUGGGAUUAUCUAUGGUGGUUCAUCAACGAAAACUGUUCCCAAACAAUGGUACUAUGGACAAUUUGAGGCACCAUCAUUAAUCACUGCCCUUACACUAUUAGAUAAAGCAUAUUUACCAUUGCAGAGCCGUUCUGAUCCAGCACUAAUCGUCAGAAUAUUGGCGUCAAAAAUUUGCUCAAAUCCAGGUGAUAACAAUGGUAUUUUCACGUCAGAAUUCGGUGAACAAAAUGAUCAACAACAUUGGUCAAGUAGUACUGCAGUUUUAAAACAAUAUCUUGAACAAAAUGCAAAAUCUGUACAAAAUGGAAAGGAUUGGAUAUAUGCCGCUAUUCUUUGUACAUUAUGUCGAAGUUUGGGAAUACCAUGUCGUGUCGUAACUGUGUACAAAGCAGCGUACGAUGCCGAUGGAAAUAUGUCCAGUGAUAUUCAUUGGAAUCAACGUCAACAAUCAUUAAAGCAAUUGAAUCGAGAUGUUACCUGGCCGUCACAUGUAUGGAAUGAGUGUUGGAUGAAAAGAAGCGAUUCAAAAAAUAAAAGUUGUUGGCAAGUUGUUGAUUCAACACCAGUUCGAAUGUGCGAUGGCAUGCGUCGCUGUGGUCCUUGUCCUGUGGAUGCUUUGAAAAAUGCAGAUCUGAGUCAUAGAUGGGAUUCUCCCUAUUUAUUUUCAUCAAUCAAUGGUACUAAAAUUCAUUGGCUCGUAGAACCUGAUGGUAAUAUGAAAGCUAUUGAUGUUGAAGAAGGAGUUAUUGGUGAAAAAAUUCUAACAAAAUCUUUAGAAAAUGAAAUACCAGAAGAUAUCACAAAUGAUUACAAAUCAAAAGAUGUGGAAGAACAAAAGAAUAUCACUAAAUCUUGUGGUUUGCCUGGAGGUCACGUGAAACGAGAAAACGUCAUAGAUGAAGUAAAGAAGAAAUCGCAAAAAUACGAUGUUGAUAUACAGUUAGAAAUGUCGACAGAUGUCACGAUAGGUGACGCUACAUCAUUAAUAUGGAGAUUAAAAAAUAAUUCGAAGCAAACUCGUACAGUUUCAUUAUCAAUGACAACAUUAAUGACCAAUAUAUCGGGACAUCCAUUAAAUGUAUGUAAGGAAAUAAGAAAUGAAUCAAUUAUAAUCCAGGCAGAUGAAGAACAACGCUAUGCAAUGAGAACAGAAGCAGAAGACUAUAUGAAAGAGUAUAAACCGGACAAUAAUCUAAAAAUAUACCUUUCAGCAAAUGUUGCUGAAACAGACCAGACGUUUGCGAGGGAAGAAGACGUAGUAUUUAAAGCACAAGAUAUUAUACAACCAAUAUUGAAAGAUGAUGUAGUUGAAGCUGGUAAACCAUUCACAUUACAAAUUCAAUUUAAUAAUCCGACAAAACGAUUCUUACCAAAUGGAAAGCUGCAUAUUGAUGGAUUAGGAAUAUGUCGUACAAUCGUGCUCGGACGUCCUUUACGUCCUCUUGAAAAAACAAUUUUUUCUCAACAAUUUAUUCCUACACGAAUUGGACAUGGUUUGCUUUAUGUCAAAUUUUCAUCUACUGUUCUACAUGAUUCGUCGAAAUUUAUUCCAUUGGAGGUGAUCAAAGUAAAUAAUCCGCCUUUUGCUCAAAUAAACUUUAAUCCCGGCGGCAAUAUGCGUCAAACAAAAGCAGAUGAAGAUAGCAAUUCGAAACAAAUAUUCACCACUGAAAAUGAUGCUAAAACAGAUCUUUAUAAUAGAGGAGAGACGGAAGAAUCCCAAAAACCAUCAUCAGAGAAGCACGAAGCAAUAAAUUCCGACCACAUUGGUCUAAGCACAAAUACUGACAAGAAUAUUUUACCGAAUAAUCAAAAUACUAAAGUUUCUCAUAGUAUAGUUCCCCACACAGUUACGGACGAUUCUUCAAUAAGUACUGUGACAAAAAAUAAUGAUAAAGUCGAUAAAAAAGACACCAGACCAAGUGGAAGCAACGAGACAGAGCCGACAGUCAAAGAUAAUCUCAAUAAAACGGAAUCCAUAAAUACGAGAUCGGAAACUGUUCCAAAAAGCAAGGCAGAUAAUAAGGAAUCAACAAAACCACAUGACGUCAAGCUAUCAGAAGAAAAUCAAAGCAAAAAUGUGUCGAACAAGCAUGAUGAUAAUAGUGAAAGCUUAAAUAUUCAUAAUAAACCAACGACUAGCACAGAUAAUGAUGACAAAACGAAAGAUAGAGUGACUGCUCAUCAGAAUGACAUUGCACCAAUAGAAACUGGUUCGAAGACUGAAACGAAGCCUGCAGAAAUCAAAAUCAAUGAGUUGCAUUCGAUAGUUCAUGAUAUAAGAGGAGGAAUAGUUUCGCACAAAAAAGCACCUCAAACGUCAGUAUCUCAAAAUCCAACAGAUCAAAUACCAUUGGAAAAUCAAGUGCCAGGAGAUGUCGAGACAACAACAAAAGCGUCUCAGAACAAAAACGUGUCGAACAAGCAAGAUGAUAAUACUGAAAGUUUGACUACUAACAAUAAACCAACGACUAGCACAGAUAAUGAUGACAAAACGAAAAGUAGAGUGACUGCUCAUCAGAAUGACAUUGCACCAAUAGAAACCGGUUCGAAGACUGAAAUGAAGCCUGCAGAAAUCAAAAUCAAUGAGUUGCAUUCGAUAGUUCAUGAUAUAAGAGGAGGAAUAGUUUCGCACAAAAAAGCACCUCAAACGUCAGUAUCUCAAAAACCAACAGAUCAAAUACCAUUGAAAAAUCAAGUGUCAGGAGAUGUCAAGACAACAACCAAAGCGUUUGAUGAUUCAUUAAAUGUCGAGAACUUACGACCAAGUCAAAAUCAGAUGACUGACGAUGUUGAAUCUAGUAAACACGAAGGCAAUGAUAAAUCAUCGUUUUCGUCGCCAGCGACUAACGAAACGGCAAGUGAUAAACAUAAAACGACGGAUGCGAAAGCUGAAACAAGUUUUGUCGAUGUUCCGACAAUACGAAGAAAACCAGAGAUCCGAAAAAGUACGGGGUUUGCAACUAUGCUUCGAGAGGAAGAACAAGGUGAAAAAGACAAAAUUUCUCUGGAUAGUUUGGAUUUCACUAUCCCUGAUCGUAUAAAUGAAUAUGGUUCAAAGACUUAA